ACUUCCGCUAAGCCACCAUGCCCUGCGGAAGUUGAAUUGUUACAGUCGGACACUGUGGAAACACUGUAGUGGUCGCGCGAAGGUGGCGAAUUAAGAGUCGUAAACACACUGUAGGCGCCUAGGACUGGGCGGAGAGAGGGUUAACUAGUUCAUAAGCCCCUCAGACCCACGGAAACAGUGAGAGAAGGGUUUCAAACAGCGCCCUAAACCCCCGUCGGGUCCCGUGUGUGUGGGCGCAGCGAGGCGGGAGGAGAUGGAGCCCUCGCCGGCUAAGGGUAAAGCGCAGGGGCGCCUUCUGGUGUCCACCAGCCUGGACGCCAAAGAUGAGCUGGAGGAGCGCCUGGAGAGGUGUGUGAGCAUCACUACAUCUAUAACCAAUGGACUGUCAGAGCGAGAAGCCAAUGAUGCUCUCACUGCUCAUGUGUGUAAGAGUCCACAGCAGCAUGAGGAGGUGUGUCUGGGUCUCUUCAUGCUUCUGCUCACAGAGCCCCCACAAGCACAGAGGUGCUACAGAGACCUGACGUUGGUGAAUCGGGACGGCAUGAACGUGGUGCUCAUGAAAAUCAACCAGAUCCUUAUGGAGAAGUUUCUUAAGCUGCAGGAGGUGUGCCGUACACAGCUGGUGUGGUUGGUCAGAGAGCUGGUGAAGAGCGGAGUCAUUGGAGCAGAUGGAGUUCUCAUGACGCUCAUGAAACAGAUCGCUGGGGGAGACAUAUCCAACAAAAACCUGUGGUUGGCAGAGAGCGUGUUGGAGAUGUUAGUGGAACAGAGGGAGUGGGUGCUGAAAAGUGGGAUGUUAGUGGCCAUGUCUGUGUACACGUACCUGAGGCUCAUAGUGGACCAUGGGACGCCAAACCUAUUGCUCCUCAGACAGAGAGAGGUGGACUUCUGCAUCGGUUUGCUCCGAGAGAGGUUCAUGGAGUGUUUUAUCAUGGGGAGGGAUCUGGUCAGACUCUUACAGAAUGUGGCUCGUAUUCCUGAGAUGGAUUUGCUGUGGAGAGACCUGCUGCACAAUCCUCAGACCCUUAGCCCACAGUUCACAGGUAUAUUGCAGCUCCUCACCUCUAGAACCUCACGCAAGUUUCUGGCCUGUCGACUCACGCCUGACAUGGAGACCAAGCUGCUGUUCAUGACCUCACGGGUUCGGUUCGGCCAGCAGAAGCGCUAUCAGGACUGGUUUCAGCGGCAGUAUCUGUCCACAGCUGAAAGCCAAUCGCUGCGCUGUGACCUCAUUCGUUACAUAUGCGGUGUGGUUCAUCCGUCCAAUGAAGUGCUGAGUUCUGACAUUCUGCCGCGCUGGGCGAUCAUUGGAUGGCUCCUGACUACCUGCACGUCUAAUGUUGCUGCAUCUAAUGCCAAACUGGCCUUGUUCUAUGACUGGCUGUUCUUCAACCCAGAGAAAGACAGCAUCAUGAACAUCGAGCCAGCCAUUUUGGUGAUGCAUCACUCCAUGAAGCCACAUCCUGCUAUAACAGCCACACUACUGGACUUUAUGUGUCGGAUCAUCCCAAACUUCUUCCCUCCUCUUGAGGGUCAAGUGCGGCAGGGCGUGUUCAACUCUCUCAACUUCAUCAUGGAGAAGAGAGUUCUGGCUAACCUAGCACCUCUGUUUGACAACCCUAAACUGGACCGUGAGCUGCGGUCUAUGCUUAGAGAACGCUUCCCAGAGUUCUGCAAUUCCCCCUCACCGCCCACUGAAGUAAAAAUGGAGGAAUCGGUUCCCUUGGAGAUGGACAAUCAUGUGCUUGAUAAGGAGGAUGGUUGCUAUGACAACACAGAUGCUACCUUCAGUGAUGAUGAGGAAGAAUUGAACAACAAGGGUAAAAAACGAGAGUUCAGGUUCCAUCAGCUAAAGGAAACCUACAUCGACGAGCCUGCUGACAUCACACCUUAUGUCGACCAAUUGGACGAGGCACUUAAAGAGAGGGUUCUGCAGCUGCAGAAAGGAAGUGACACAGAAACGCAUUGUGAGGUCAUGCAGGAAAUUGUGGAUCUUAUUUUAGAGGAGGAUUUCGACUCUGAGCAGAUGUCCACUCUAGCUUCCUGUCUGGCUGAACUCUUUAAGAGUCACUUCAGAGGAGAUGUGUUGCCUGAGGAGAUCACAGAAGAGUCACUGGAGGAGUCCGUGUGUAAGCCGGUGUGUCUGAUCUUCAGGAACUUGUGUCAGAUGCAGGAGGACAACAGCGGCUUCUCUGUCCUGCUAGAUCUGCUCGCCGAGCUUUACCAGAAACAGCCGAAAAUCGGUUAUCAUCUGCUCUACUACCUCAAAGCUAGCAAAGCAGCAGCGGGGAAGAUGAGCCUGUACGAGUCCUUUGCUCAGGCCACGGCUCUGGGUGACCUGCACACCUGCUUGAUGAUGGACAUGAAGGCCUGUCAGGAGGAUGAUGUGAGGCUCCUGUGUUACCUAACCCCCUCCAUCUAUUCAGAGUUCCCAGAUGAGACCCUGUGUAGUGGAGAGCUCCUCAACAUGAUCGUGGCUGUCAUUGAUUCAGCGCAGGUUUCAGAUAUAGACUUUUAAAUAGAAAGUUCACCU